AUGGCGAGCUACAAGCAGCGCAAAGAGGACUUCGUGUCCAAUUUGACGGGCGGCUCCGUCUCUGAAAUCAGCUUCGUCACAGCCGUAGCGCCCGCGGCCAUGCUGCUGUGGUCUGUUCUUCAGACGCGGCAGUCCUUCUUCAGGCCCUACUCUGCCCUCGGCUUUGUCGUCGACUUCUCACUCACUGUAGGCACUUUUCUGUUGGGUAUCACUCUCUACGCAGAUUCACCCGCGUUGCUGAACCUGCUUCUGCUCGCGCCGGCUCUUUUGAUAUGGUUCCUGCCCUCUACCACCGGAGGGGCAAAGAGAAAGCCCAAGCUUCCUCCAAAUGCCCAGUCUAAAGCCACCUCAGAGCCCCGUCCCGUUCUGAGCAUCAAACCUUUUCUUACGACGUAUCGUGGAUACAUGAUGAUCACCACUUGCGUUGCCAUCCUGGCGGUGGAUUUCCGCCUCUUUCCGCGGCGAUUCGCCAAGGUCGAGACCUGGGGCACGUCCCUGAUGGACAUGGGCGUUGGCUCUUUUGUCUUCUCCGCCGGCAUUGUGGCAGCUCGUCCUGUCCUCAAAGAAAGAGCCACGGGCCGUCACACUUCACUGGCUGUCCGUUUACUGCAAUCGUUCCGCCAUUCCAUCCCGCUGCUGGUGCUGGGUUUCAUUCGCCUUUUGAGUGUCAAAGGACUCGAAUAUGCCGAACACGUGUCAGAGUACGGAGUUCAUUGGAAUUUUUUCUUCACACUGGGCCUCCUUCCUCCCUUUGUGGCAAUCUUCCAGACCAUCUUCGAUGUCAUUCCGUCGCAUGCAGCACUGGCUCUGCUCCUCGUGGGCACAUACCAGGUCGUCCUUGAAAGCACGGAUCUCAAAGCAUUUGUUCUCACCGCCCCUAGGGUAGAUCUGCUCUCCAUGAACAGAGAGGGUGUCUUUAGCUUCAUAGGCUAUCUCUCCAUCUUCCUUGCUGGACAGGACCUCGGCAAGUUCGUUAUUCCUCGGAAUAUCACAUCAAGCAGCAAUUCGCCAGCGGGCAUGCAAAGAAAUACUCUGCUCAUGACGAUUGCUGUUUGGGCCGGAAUCUGGACCGUGUUGUACACCGUUACCACCAAUUACAACUUUGGGUUUGGCUUGACAGUCUCGCGCCGGUUGGCCAACCUACCUUAUGUCCUCUGGGUGGCGGCUUUCAACUCGUGGCAGAUUCUAGCUUUCUGCGUCAUCGAUACUAUUUUCUUCCCUGCCUUUUACAACGCAGCGGAUGCCCGAUCCGAGAAAGAAGCCUACGAAGUGGCCACGAGCUAUGUUUUGAAAGCGUACAACCGCAAUGGCCUGGCAGUGUUUCUCAUUGCUAAUCUGCUGACUGGUCUUGUUAAUAUGACUGUUCCAACACUGGAUGCCACUCCGGUUCAGGCUAUGGGGAUUCUCAUAGCCUACACGGCGACUGUUACGGGUGUUGCGGUACUGCUUGAUAUCUACGAUAUAUCCAUCAAACUGUAA